GAAUAGUGGACAAAUGAGCCGAGUUGGGUGAGCAGAGAAUAGGCAGAGGCAGACAAUUGUGCAUGCUUUGUUACUUUUGUGCAUUUUCUCUGUGGUAAAGUUUGCCAUUUUUGCAGAAUCGGCGUACUAGCUAAUUUGUCUUACUGUAGGGUUAAACUGAAACGUUACUCGCAGAGAGACACUCGUGAAAUGGACUAGUAAUAAGCACUAUAAACCUUUAUGGUAGUCGAUAUAACGUGAAUAGACAGGUUAGUGGAUUUAUAGACAGAUACCCUGUUAUACUGGCAGUAACAUAUUGGCAAUAGUGGAUGCAUGCGUAAGGACAUGCUUGCAAGCCAAAUGUUGGCAAUGGUUAACAUCUAGUUGACAUUAACUGAUUGCAUAGUGUACUAAUAGUAAUAUUUUGUUUAAUGUGUUCUAUUUAUUCUCUAUCAGCUGAAGAAAGACUAACCUCAGCUGAUGAAGAAAGUGAAGAGCUUACUGUACUUCUGUCUGGAUCACUGACAGACAGCAAAUCAGAUGAGCAACGUAAAGGUGAUUUCUCUGAGUGUCAAGUUGCAAAUAGUCAAAUCAGUCAGCGAAAGAUGGAAAGAUGUGAGCUUGUGCACGACCAGAGGUUAAAAAUAGAAUCACUAACGGUUCUCAAAUCCAGUGAAAUAAAGAGUUCAAGUUCAAGCACGCCAAUCGGGUUAUCAUGGCCAUCAUUUGUAGUGAUUUCUAUUGUAAUGAUCUUGACCAUUGAGCUUGUCAAAGAAUUAUUCUACAACUGAAGUAAUCGACUGUAGAUAGCAUGAUAGAAUUGAGGUGCUCGUGUUUGAAGUAUACUGUAAUAUAAAAUGCUUGUAUUUAUUAUUUCUAAGAGCUGAACAUGAAUUCUGAUAUUUUGGUUC